AUGAAAGAAAAAGAGGAUCUGAGGAAAAAGCAUGAGCAAGAAAUGAAAGAAAAAGAGGAUAUGAAAGAAAAAGAGGAUCUGAGGAAAAAGCAUGAGCAAGAAAUGAAAGAAAAAGAUCUGAGGAAAAAGCAUGAGCAAAAAAUGAAAGAAAAAGAGGAUCUGAGGAAAAAGCAUGAGCAAAAAAUGAAAGAA